UUGAUUGUAGUUACAUUCACUUAUCAAUAAUGCAAAGUGCGGGUAGGAGGUUCUUAUAUGGUGAUGCCGCGAUGGCGAAGAUUCCAUCAUCUCGUCUCGAAAUACGUAGAGUGCCUUGUCUGAAAGACAACUACGGAUGGAUAUUGCGAUGUCCGAAGACUGGAACAAUCGGACUGGUUGACACCCCCGAGGCUGGUCCACUUCUGAGUGAAUUGAGGAAGAAUUUCAACGGACGUGCCGAUUAUAUUCUCAACACUCAUCAUCAUUGGGAUCAUACCGGAGGCAACAAUGAGAUUAAAGCGGCGACUCAUUGUAAAGUGAUUGGUCCCGGUCAUGAUAGUCAAAUAGAUGGUUUGGACAAGGCCGUCGGGGGAGGAGAUGAGUUCAAAUUCGGCGAUCUCACAGUUAGAGUGUUCGACUUGCCUGGUCACACUCACGGGCAUGUUGGAUACCAUUUCCCCGAAGCUAACGCCUUCUUUUGUGGAGAUACUUUGUUCGUAUUGGGCUGUGGUCGAAUGUUUGAAGGUACCAAGAAUCAGUUCUGGUCAACUUUACAGAGGAUACGCGGUCUGCCGAAAGAUACGGUUAUGUUCUGCGCACAUGAAUAUUCGCAGUCAAAUGCUAAAUUCGCCCGAUACAUUGAUUCCAGUAAUGAGUAUUUAAAGCAAGCGAGCGAUGUUAUUACGAACAUGCGGAGUCGAGGAGAAGCCACGGUCCCGUCCAUGUUGGCAGAUGAGCUACUGUGCAACCCUUUCCUAAGAGUCGAUCAGGAGGCCAUUCAAAAGCGUGCUUUAGAGCUGACCGGGUCCGAACCGACGCAUGACUUAGCUGAGGUCUUUGCGCGAGUUCGGUCACUGAAAGACAAUUUCUGAGCGACGAUCUUCUGACGUGCUCAG